AGUGUAGAGCCGUGUGUGUGCAGAGGAGUUUCUAAUAAAUAAAAUGCAAAUUGAAUUUCUUUUACUGAGAUGCAGUUUGGGACAAAUGGCCAGGACACAAACCUUGCAAUAUAGUAGGUAAUAGUAAUGGAUAAGAACAUGUAUGAAUAAAAUGCUUUUCAGCUGUAUUAUUCUCAGGGUUUUUUUCCUCGUACGGCAGUUCUUCAUCGUUAAACAAUAAGAACAAGUAGUCUGAUGUCCCAUAUUCCUCUAUUCAUUAUGAAGAGGAAUUUGAAAUACACUAAGUUUUGAUUUUGAAUUUUCCAAAGUCUCUUAAGAUGUUCCUGAAAUUUGGGCUCAUUGAAACGGGACAGACUGAUGAGCUUUCAUUUGUUGACCUCUGGAUUCACUCGUGCUUCGUUUAUGGGCCGACACGGCGUUAUCUGGUCUGGAGCUGCUCUCCAGCUUUGAACGUUUGAGAGUAAUUUUGCUUUGUGCAUAAAUGUCUUUGCCUACAGUUUGUGGACAAGCUCCACUUAACACCAAGAUCGUAGGAGGCCAGGAUGCUCCUGCGGGAGCGUGGCCCUGGCAGGUCAGUCUGCAAGCAUCCGGUCGCCACUUCUGCGGAGGCUCCCUGAUCAACAAUGAAUGGAUCCUGACUGCUGCCCACUGUUUCCCCAACACCCCAUCACAACUGACCGUUCACCUCGGAUACGAGUCACUGCAAAGCACUAAUACUAAUGGGGUCUCCCGGUCAGUGUCACGGAUAAUCAUACAUUCACAAUACAACUCCAACUCCAACGACAAUGACAUCGCACUGCUGCGGCUGUCCUCAACUGUUGACUUCACGGACUACAUCCGACCUGUGUGUCUGGCGGAGGAGGGCAGCAACUUCCCUGCAGAGACGACCACCUGGGUCACCGGCUGGGGCGACAUCCGAGACGGCGUUUCCCUUCCUUCCCCUGGGACUCUACAGGAGGUGAGCAUCCCUAUCGUGUCCAACACCGACUGUAACGAUGCCUACAAUGGUAGAAUCACAAGCAACAUGAUGUGUGCCGGCGUGACUCAGGGAGGAAAGGACUCCUGCCAGGGUGACUCUGGAGGCCCACUGGUGGUUAAAAACAGCUCCGUUUGGGUCCAGGCUGGAGUGGUGAGCUUUGGGAUAGGCUGCGCUCAGCCCAAUUUCCCAGGAGUCUACACUCGGGUAUCACAGUACCAGUCCUGGAUCAACAGCCAGAUCACCUCCAACCAGCCGGGCUUCAUCACCUUUGUGCCCUCCUCGGCUCACUUCAUCUACCUCUCAGUUCUUCUGCUGCUCCCCAUCCUCUUCUCUCUCUUUGUCCUCUCAUAGGAAUGCAUCAUUUCUGCUGAACAUCACUGGAAAAACUGUAUUUUCAUCAUCAGUUUCUCAGACAACAGAAAAAUGUUCCCUGAAGGCUCAACAGUUCACACUUGUUUCCAGUUCACUUUGCUGUUUUGAUAACAUCAGACAAACCGGGAAUCCUGGGAAUGUUUGGUUUUAUUUUUGUUUGUCAAGUCAUUAAAACAGAUUAA